AUUGCUGGCCACUGGUCAUUUUUCUUUCGAGGAAGACUGGAGUCUGGUACCUACCCCCUGUCUAGGCCUCAGACUUUGGGACAGGGAGGGGGAAUCUCAGCCUGAGCCCUCCCUUCACCCUGCCGCUCCCCCCAGCAAUGGCCUGAGCCCCCAUGGCUGCCCCUCAGGACCUGGACAUCGCUGUGUGGCUGGCCACGGUGCACCUGGAGCAGUAUGCAGACUCAUUCCGGCAGCAUGGCCUGGCUACGGCAGGUGCAGCCCGAGGCCUGGGCCACGAGGAGCUGAGGCAGUUGGGCAUCAGCGCCACAGGUCACCGGAAACGCAUUCUGCGCCUGCUGCAGGCAGGUGCUACAGAGGGCUCCCUGGAUCCCCAGUCAGACAGUGCCAUGGAGCCAUCCCCCAGCCUAGCUCCCCAAGCCCAGCCCCCCAAGCCUGUGCCUAAACCCAGGACAGUAUUUGGUGGGCUCAGUGGCCCUACCACCACCCAAUGGCCUGGAGUGAGCCCAGCCCUCUGGAGGCCAGAAGUGUCCAGGAGCCCAGAGUCCAGCCCGAAGUCUCCUCCUCUCUCCACCUCCUCCUCUGAGCAGACUGCAGCCUUGAAUACUAUGGAGAUGAUGCCUAAUGCCAUCUACUUUGGUCUGGAUUUAAGAGGCGGGGUACAGAUGACUCAGAACACGGCCCCAGACAGUUCCCAGGCAGCUGCCCCCACCCCUGCCCUCAGGCCCACAACAGGCACAGUGCACAUCAUGGACCCUGGUUGCCUGUACUAUGGUGUCCAGCCUGCGGGGGUCCCAGGGCCACUCGAGAGAAGAGAAGGCAGAGGUGUCUCUCAGGACAGGGCUGAACACAGGCUCAGCAGGCAGGAUCUGGAGGUGCGGGAGGACGCUGGCUAUGCUAGCCUCGAGCUGCCUGGGGAUUCCACCCUCUCACUGCCCACCCUCGACGUGGAGACCAAUGAUGACCUCAUUUCACCCUAUGCCAGCUUCUCCUCCACAGCAGACCGCCCCACGCCCCUUCUCAGUGGCUGGCUAGACAAGCUCUCCCCUCAGGGAAACUACGUUUUCCAGAGGCGGUUUGUGCAGUUCAAUGGGAGGAGUCUGAUGUACUUUGGCAGUGAUAAGGAUCCCUUCCCCAAGGGUGUGAUCCCUCUGACAGCCAUUGAGAUGACCCGCAGCAGCAAGGACAACAAAUUCCAGGUCAUCACUGGCCAGAGGGUGUUUGUAUUUCGCACAGAGAGCGAGGCCCAGCGGGACACGUGGUGCUCCACGCUUCAAUCCUGCCUGAGGGAGCAGCGCCUCCUGGGCCACCCCCGGCCUCCUCAGCCACCCCGACCCCUCCGCACAGGCAUGCUGGAGCUUCGCGGACACAAGGCCAAGGUUUUUGCUGCUUUGAGCCCUGGAGAGUUGGCACUGUACAAGAGUGAGCAGGCCUUUUCUUUGGGCAUCGGGAUCUGCUUCAUUGAACUGCAAGGCUGCAGUGUCCGGGAAACAAAGAGUCGCAGCUUUGAUCUGCUCACACCCCAUCGCUGCUUCAGCUUCACAGCCGAGUCUGGGGGGGCUCGGCAGAGCUGGGCGGCCGCUCUGCAGGAAGCCGUAACUGAGACCCUGUCUGACUACGAGGUGGCCGAGAAAAUCUGGUCCAAUCGGGCAAACCGGCACUGUGCGGACUGCGGGGCCUCCCGCCCAGACUGGGCUGCUGUCAACCUGGGGGUGGUCAUCUGCAAGCAGUGUGCAGGUCAGCACCGGGCCCUGGGUUCUGGGAUCUCCAAGGUACAGAGCCUGAAGCUGGACACAAGUGUCUGGAGUAAUGAGAUAGUGCAGUUGUUCAUUGUCCUGGGAAAUGAUCGUGCCAACCGCUUCUGGGCAGGGGCACUACCCAUAGGUGAGGGGGUGCAUCCAGAUACAAGCCCUGGCCCCCGGGGAGAGUUUAUCUCCCGGAAGUACCGACUGGGUCUCUUCCGGAAGCCCCACCCUCAGUAUCCAGAUCACAGCCGGCUUCUCCAGGCACUGUGUGCAGCUGUGGCAGGACCCAACCUGCUGAAGAACAUGACCCAGCUCCUCUGUGUUGAGGCCACUGAGGGUGAUGAGCCCUGGUCCCCCUCAGCCUUGGAUGGCAGCUUCCCUGGUCUCCUAAUCCCAGACCCUUCCCCUGGUGUGUACAAUGAGGUGGUGGUACCUGCCACCUACAGCAGCUUCCUGUACUGUGGUCCCAUCAGCAACAAAGCUGGACCCCCUCCUCCUCGGAGGGGCCGGGAUGCUCCACCCAGACUGUGGUGUGUGCUGAGAGCGGCUCUGGAAAUGUUUGUGUCGGAAAGCAGUCCUGAACCCCUCAGCCUCAUCCAGCCCCAGGAUGUUGUAUGUUUGGGUGUGAGUCCCCCACCCACUGACCCAGGUGACCUUGACAGGUUCCCCUUUUCCUUUGAGCUCAUCCUCACAGGGGGGAGGAUCCAGCAUUUUGGCACAGAUGGAGCUGACAGUCUGGAGGCCUGGACCAGUGCUGUGGGCAAGUGGUUCUCCCCGUUGAGCUGUCACCAGCUGUUGGGCCCUGGGCUGCUGCGGCUGGGCCGCCUGUGGCUGCGCUCUCCCACCCAUUCAGCGCUGGCCCCCAGCCUCUGGCUGUCAGGGUUUGGACUUCUUCGUGGUGACCACCUCUUCCUGUGUCCAGCACCGGGCCCUGGCCCUCCAGCCCCUGAGGACAUGGUGCAUCUGCGGCGGCUACAGGAAAUCAGUGUGGUAUCAGCAGCUGACACCCCAGACAAGAAGGAGCAUUUGGUCCUGGUGGAGACAGGAAGGACCCUGUAUCUGCAGGGGGAGGGCCGGCUGGAUUUCUCAGCAUGGAACACAGCCAUUGAGGGGGCAGCUGGCGGGGGCGGCACAGGGCUGCAGGAGCAGCAGAUGAGCCGGGGUGACAUCCCCAUCAUCGUGGAUGCCUGCAUCAGUUUUGUCACUCAGCACGGGCUCCAGCUGGAGGGCAUAUACCGGAAAGGGGGUGCCCGUGCCCGUAGCCUUCGGCUCCUGGCUGUCCGGCGGGAUGCCCGCUCAGUGAAGCUCCGGCCAGGAGAGCACUUUGUGGAAGAUGUCACCGAUACACUCAAACUCUUUCGAGAGCUUGAUGACCCUGUGACCUCUGCACGGUUGUUGCCUCGCUGGAGGGAGGCUGCUGAGCUACCCCAGAAGAAUCAGCGCCUAGAGAAAUACAAAGAAGUGAUUGGCUGCCUGCCACAGGUCAACCGCCGCACACUGGCUACCCUCAUUGGGCAUCUUUAUCGGGUGCAGAAGUGUGCCUCUCUAAACCAGAUGUGCACGCGGAACCUGGCCCUGCUCUUUGCACCCAGUGUGUUCCAGACGGAUGGGCGGGGGGAACAUGAGGUGCGGGUGCUACAGGAACUCAUCGAUGACUACGUCUCCGUCUUUGAUAUUGACUCUGACCAGGUAGCUCAGAUUGACUUGGAAGUCAGUCUUAUCACCACCUGGAAGGAUGUACAGCUGUCCCAGGCUGGAGACCUCAUCAUGGAGGUUUAUAUAGAACAGCAGCUGCCAGACAACUGUGUCACCCUAAAGGUGUCUCCAACACUGACUGCUGAGGAGCUGACCAACCAGGUUUUGGAGAUGCGGGGGACAGAGGCUGGGAUGGACUUGUGGGUGACGUUUGAGAUUCGUGAGCACGGAGAGCUUGAGCGGCCACUGCACCCCAAGGAAAGGGUCCUAGAGCAGGCGCUUCAAUGGUGCCAGCUUCCAGAGCCCUGCUCAGCUUCCUUGCUCUUGAGAAAAGUCUCCUUGGCCCAGGCCGGCUGCCUCUUCACAGGUAUCCGGCGUGAGAGCCCAAGGGUGGGUCUGUUGCGGUGUCGGGAGGAGCCGCCCCGCUUAUUGGGAAACCGCUUCCAGGAGAGGUUCUUUCUCCUGCGUGGCCGCUGCUUGCUGCUACUCAAGGAAAAGAAGAGCUCUAAACCAGAACGGGAGUGGCCUUUGGAAGGUUCCAAGGUCUAUCUGGGAAUCCGAAAGAAGUUAAAGCCUCCUACACCGUGGGGCUUCACAUUGAUACUGGAGAAGAUGCACCUCUGCCUGUCAUGCACUGACGAAGAUGAGAUGUGGGACUGGACCACCAGCAUUCUCAAAGCCCAGCACGAUGACCAGCAGCCAGUGGUCUUACGACGCCAUUCCUCCUCUGACCUCGCCCGUCAGAAGUUUGGCACCAUGCCUUUGCUGCCUAUCAGAGGAGAUGACAGUGGGGCCACCCUCCUCUCUGCCAAUCAGACCCUGCGGCGACUUCACAACCGGAGGACCCUGUCCAUGUUCUUUCCCAUGAAGUCAUCCCAGGGGUCUGUGGAGGAGCAAGAGGAACUGGAGGAGCCUGUCUAUGAGGAGCCAGUGUAUGAGGAAGUGGGAGCCUUCCCUGAACUGACCAAGGACACCUCUACUUCCUUCUCCAUGAUGAGAGAAAAGACAGCCAACCCAGAGACCCCCCUCACCAGCCAGAGGUCCUUUGACAAACCCCUUUUCCCCAAGGCAGGUGGCCCAGGCCCAGAGGAGAGGCCACCUGAGCCCCCUCCAGGUCCCCCUUCAAAGAGCAGCCCCCAGGCACAUGGGUCCCUGGAGGAACAGCUGCUCCAGGAGCUUAGCAGCCUCAUCCUGAGGAAAGGAGAAACCACCAUAGGCCUGGGCAGCCCCUCCCAGCCCUCCAGCCCUCAAUCUCCGAACCCCAAUGGCCUUCUGACACAGACACCUGGCUUCCCCACCCAACCUUCUAGUUCGCCCUCCAGCCAGCCCCUCACAUGACCCUAAGACGAGUAGUCUAAAGGGGUAGAUAGCCCGAGGACCCAAAUUCUCACCAUGGCAGACACUGCUGGGAGCCUCCUCUGUUCUGGCUGGAAAGACUCUAAAAUCCAGUGUGGUGCUAUGGAAAGAGCACAGGACUGAGGGCUCUGGACUCUCCUGCCCAGAGAGGGUCAGGUUAUGGCCCCUCAUUGAACCUCCACUCAUUUAUAUGUACCAUGAAGUCACUGAAUUAAGGAGAGCAGUGAACAUCAAACUGUUUCUUAGAGCUGUAAGCCCCACAUAAUUUCCCUCAACAAGGGCAACUCCUGCUUUAUAUAUUUGAUAUGUAGGUGUUCAGUGAGAGAUUUGGGGUUUGAAAAGAACGAUUUUCCUGCAUUAAAGAAAAAAAAGGAUUUGGAAGCCCGAGAGCUGAAUGAUUUCCAAGUCUGUCCUACCCCACCUCCUACACUUGGGAACUACACUGAAGACCUAGAGUAGGGUGGUUGAUUGGGGUUGGGAGCUGGUGCGAAGAGAAGCAAAAAAGGUUGUGUCACUGUUAAUAAAUCUUGGAACCAAAAGGC